CCAGGUGUUUGUAAUUGUAUCUACUCUGUGGUCGGGGAAAAGAGCAAAAGUACAAAAUACAAAAAAAAUUGUGGUUCUCAAGUCCAAGAUACGGCCUUUUCGUAGAUACGAUGUGUAGUGUAGCGCCAAUUUAAAAAUAGUCACCUAAUGAGUUCAGAGUGCAGUGGAUUUGCAUGGCAAAAAUUAAAAUACCUAUACUCACUCACUCAGUUGCUUAGAAUACAAUAAAGAAACAAUCACAAAUCACUAAAUUCCUACUAUCAUGAUUUUUAAUCAAGUUUUAAGAAGUAGGUCAAGGACAUGUUUGCAGAAACGCACCAUCGCAUCCUUGUCGGCCUUAUCGGAAACACACCAGAUGCUUAGAAAAACAUGUCGAGAUUUUGCAGAUGGUGAACUAAAACCGGUUGCUUCAAAAUGCGACCGAGAGCAUUUGUAUCCGGAAGCACAAAUAAAGCAAAUGGGAGAGCUCGGUUUAAUGGCGAUGUGUGUGCCGGAAGAGUUGGGAGGUACAGGUUUAGAUUAUUUGGCUUAUGCGAUUGCGAUGGAAGAAAUUUCUCGCGGGUGUGCAAGUGCUGGUGUAAUUAUGUCCGUUAAUAAUUCGCUCUAUUUGGGCCCAAUCCUUAAGUGGGGGACACCUAAACAAAAAGAAACUUUCAUAAAACCCUUUACCAAAGGCACAAAGGUGGGAUGUUUCGCAUUGUCAGAACCCGGCAAUGGAUCUGAUGCCGGGGCUGCUGCCACGACCGCUACACUUCAGGGUGAUCAGUUUGUUUUAAAUGGGACAAAAUCGUGGAUUACUAAUGGGGCGGAGAGUGAGGCAGUGGUUUUAUUUGCAACCACAGAUAAAUCUCUGAAGCAUAAAGGUAUAUCGACAUUUUUGGUGCCAAAACCCAUGAAGGGUUUAGAGGUUGGGAAAAAAGAAGAUAAAUUGGGAAUCAGGGCUUCAUCUACUUGUGCACUUUUUUUUGAAGACUGCAAAAUUGACAAGGCUAAUAUUUUAGGUGAACCUGGAUAUGGAUUUAAGAUUGCAAUGAAAGCGUUAGAUCAAGGGCGAGUGGGCAUCGCAUCUCAAGCCCUGGGUAUAGCGCAGAGCAGUCUUGAGGUUGCAGUCGAAUAUGCAUCCAAACGUCUAUCAUUCGGGAAAUCGCUGCUCAAAUUCCAAACAAUUCAAAACAAACUAGCUGAGAUGGCGCUGCGGUUGGAGAGCGCACGCCUUCUAACUUGGCGCGCGGCAUGGUUGGAAGAUAAGGGAAUGCCAUUCACAAAGGAGGCCGCCAUGGCUAAACUGGCAGCAAGCGAAGCCGCCACGUUUUUAAGUCAUCAAUGCAUACAAAUUUUAGGUGGAAUGGGAUACGUGAGUGAUAUGACAGCCGAACGUCAUUAUCGAGACGCAAGAAUUACAGAAAUUUACGAAGGCACAUCUGAAAUACAGCGCCUGGUUAUCGCCACUAAUCUAAUCAAAGAGAUGGGUUUUUAAAAAACGUUUUACCUCAAUUUUUAUACUGUAUUUUUUCAUAGGUCUUUAAUAUAUUUUUGGAAAUAGGAUUCAUAUACCUUGUGCAUGGUAUAAUUAAUAUACAUUUACCACCAAACAAGUUAUUUUAAGGAAAUUGGAACUAAUAAAAUACUUAAAGAAGAACGUAAUACGAUA